AUGGGUAACCAUGAAAUCAUUCCUCGAUUGAUACAACAGAAACAUUGUGGGUUGCAGCAUGCCGGACUUCAAACUUUCAUUUUCAAUUUGAGGGAAAAUUACAGGAUUAUUUCUGUCAGUAAAAUAGCAAAACAAGGAAGCUCUCAUUGUAUUACUUGUAAAAGAUUUAAAGCCAAACCUACUGAGUCCCUUUUAGCACCUCUUCCUAGAAAUAGAAUAAAAGUCAAAUUUGAAGUCACAGCGUUUGAUUUGGCAGGCCCAUUGUUUUUACGUUCUGGAGAAAAGGCAUCGAUUGUUCUUUUUGCCUGUGCUAUUUAUAGGGCUGUUCAUCUUGAGUUAAUCGAUUCCUUGUUCACAGAAGCCUUUAGAAUGGCUUUAAGAAGAUUUUUUUACUUCUUUAAGCUUUGGAGAGGUCGAGUUAGCACUAUCUAUACUGAUAACGGCACCACCUUCGUUGGUUCAAGUAAUGCCUUGGAAAAUCUAGAUUGGGAGAAGAUCAUGCCGUUUUCCACUAUCAAGAAGAUUAAAUGGAAUUUCAAUCCUCCAACUGCUGCAUGGUGGGGUGGAUGGUGGGAGCGGAUAAACCGCAUGCUAGAAGAAAUGCUAAGGGGAAUUUUAGGCCGAAAGACUAUUGAUUAUGAAGAAUUGGAAACUCUUAUCUGUGAAUGUGAAGCUACAAUAAAUUCCAGGCCACUCACAUAUAUUGAAGAUAAUUUAGAAGGAGAUAAUUCAGAUAAUUCCAUUGGCACUAGCUUGUUUCUUGCAAGGCAUUCCUAA